CGCUCUACCCGCUGGGCGUCUGCGGCAACCACGAGCUCCAGGAGGUCGCGAACUUCAUCCAGCGGCGUCGUGUGCAUGCUGGGCUCCAUGAUGAUGCUGGACCACCGCGCGCUGCGGUGCCCGCUCAACCAGUCCCACGACACGGAGCUGGCCCUCUUCCUCCGCCUGCACGUCAAGUUCACCGCGCCGCUGAACCCGAUGCCGAUGGUGUCGCUGACGUUCUCCUGCAUGACCUACGCCGCGUUCCUGGAGCCGCCGCCGACCCUGAAGCAGCCGAACAUACCACUACAGCUGCCGAAGUCUCUCUUCAACCUGCUGACGCUGGUGCUAACCCCGCUGGUGUCGUUCUGCACGCUCUACCUGUUCUACGUUCCGACGUUCGCGCCGCUGGAGUCGUUGCCGAUCCUCUGCAUGACCUCCAAACCAAUCAAGUGGCCGAUUCUGAAGCUGGCCGUGCUGGUGUCGCCAGUGCCGGUGCUCUGCACGCUCUCCCGGCUCAGAGAUCUGAAAAUCGUGUCGCUGGUGAUAUCCUCGCUGGCGUCAGUCUGCAUGUCGCCGCCGUGGGUGGCGAUAGUCUUCCUCCCACUGCUGCCGAUGCUGCUGGCGUUCUGCGCGCUCUUCGUGCCCGAACUUCUGACGGUGCGAUCGAUCCUGACCAAGACGUUCCGCGAGUGGUGGCGAGCCAUGCGGCGCGCCGUCCUGAAGGACAACAGGCUGUUCUACCGCUGCUUCGACGCGUGGGUCCCCGUCCUGAAGAUCACGACCUGCAUGAUGCCGCUGCUGGUGGCGAACAACCUCAUCAUCCCGAACACGUUCCACCUCACGCUGCCGCUGGUGGCGCAUGUCCCCGUCCCGAAGAACACGUCAUGCACGAUGCUGCCGAUGGCGGCGACCGAGUCCCGCAUGCCGCCGCCGAUGGUGGCGAACGUCCCCGACUUGAAGAUCACGGUCUGCAUGUUACUGCCGCUGGUGGCGUACGACCCCGACUGGAAGUUCACGUCCUGCAUGAUGCUGGCGAUGGCGGCGCUCUAG